UUGUUGCUUGACUCUCGGCAGUAAGCAAAAUGGCGCCGUUGUGGAUGGUGAUGUCGUUAGCGGUUUCUUUACUUUUGACACCUUUUCUUAUGUUUUUACUGGCCAUAAUCUUUUUGGCAUCUAUCGGAAAAUCACUUGGGGUUAGAAGAUUAUAUAUAAAAUUGCUGUUAACACUUUUUGAGUAUGGCAGACAAAAUAUAGAGAACGUAAAAAAGAAAAACGGUACUUGGACAGAAAAUGACCAGGAUGCCGAUGAAGAAAACGAAUCGCGGCAUGUCGAAAAACAGAAUGUACAAAAUUGGAAAACGGAAAACGAUAUGCAAAAUGGGAUGUUAAGUAGCAAUGUAAUAGCCAGAUCGACAGAUUUGAUUUUGGUACCUGAGCCGGAAAUGCAGAAUCAUAAAAAUCAUCUGGAAGAAACAAAAACAGAAAGUUCUCAAACAUCUACAACUACUAGUCUUAUGCGUAGAGAUUCAUUUGAAACACUAAAAAGAGAAUUCAAACCUGCAAUCUGUUUGGAUUAUAUUAAAGCUGGUGUAGAGGCUAUUAUUGAAGAUGAGGUAACAUCUCGUUUCGAGGCAGAAGAAUUGAAGAAUUGGAAUCUAUUAACUAGAACAAAUAGACAUUAUGAAUUCAUUUCCUGGAAGCUAACAGUAAUAUGGAUGUGUGGAUUUGUUAUGCGGUACUGCUUUCUUCUUCCCUUAAGAAUAUUCAUUUGUUUUGUUGGGGUACUGUAUAUUGUAAUUACAACAUUUCUUAUUGGCUUCUUACCAAAUGGUUUUAUAAAGAAAUGGAUAUACAACAAAGCUAGUAUCAUAGCAUUCACAAUAUUAUCACAGUCUAUAUCAGCUACAAUUACAAUUCAUAAUCCAGAAUAUAAACCAAAAUCUGGAGGAAUGUGUGUAGCAAAUCACACUUCCACAAUCGACGUGUCCAUCUUAUCCACACAAACAACAUUUUCUUUGGUAAUGUGGCUGACAGCAUGUACAGCUGUUGUGGGGUAUGUCCCAGAGGGCAGUUUCAAGCGAUGGUUAAAUUAUAAAGUUUCCAUAAUGUGCUUUGGUGUAUUGUCCAGUGCGCUAUCUUCAGUAAUAACUUAUCAUAACCCAGAAAAUCGUCCUAUUAGGGGUAUCUGUGUGGCAAAUCACACUUCUCCUAUAGAUGUCCUAGUACUGAUGUGCGAUAAUUGCUAUUCUUUGAUAGGUCAAAGGCAUGGUGGAUUUUUAGGAAUUCUACAAAGAGCUUUAGCACGUGCGUCACCGCAUAUUUGGUUUGAACGAUGUGAAGUUAAAGAUAGAGAAGCUGUUACAAAACGAUUAAAAAAACACAUUUCUGAUCCUACAAAUCCACCUAUACUUAUUUUUCCUGAAGGCACUUGUAUAAAUAAUACAUCAGUUAUGCAAUUUAAAAAAGGAAGUUUUGAAGUUGGUGGUGUAAUCUAUCCUGUUGCGAUAAAGUAUGAUCCAAGAUUUGGAGAUGCAUUCUGGAAUAGUAGUCGAUAUUCUAUGAUUCAAUAUUUAUAUAUGACUAUGUCGAGUUGGGCUAUAGUUUGUGAUGUUUGGUACCUUCCUCCGAUGUAUAGAAAUGAAGGAGAGAGUGCUAUUGACUUUGCAAAUAGAGUAAAGUCUGUGAUAGCAAGACAAGGUGGUUUAGUAGAUUUACAAUGGGAUGGUCAACUUAAACGAACAAAACCGAAAAAGGAAUGGCGAGAAAAACAACAAGAAGAAUUUAGUAAACGACUUAAAGCCGAAUAAAUUAAAUCAUGUCUAGUCACACUUUUUAAUUGAUAUAGUGUGUGAUAUUUUGCUUAAGCGAGAAUAUUUUUCCUGAUAUGCUAUUUUAUCUUCUUUGUGGACAUUUAUCUGUACGAAAGGAGAAAGAUAUGCAUGAUUUAAUUUGUUUUAUUUUACGAAUAUGGUAUGUUGCGUCAUGUUAAUUGGUUUCUAUCGCAAUAUUUUAUUUUAUUACAAAAAAAUUAUUAGAGUACAAAAUUUAUCUUAAUAUUUAUAAUUGAAUUUAAAUAGUUGAAAUACUGCAGGUAACAUUUGUCAGUUUUUAAUACCAAGAUUCUAUAAUGAGGCAUUAUAAAUUUAUUUAUAUACAAUUAUAUACAAUGAAGUGUUUAAUAAGGAAUGAUAUGUUGAUGGUGUGUGAUUUUUUGUGCGUAUGAUUGUAUGUAGCAUCAAAUUCAUCCUAUUUAUAUUGUUAUAUAUUUAGAAUCAUCUCAUUAUCCCAUUAUUUUGAUAAAUAAUUAUGAAUGUUUAAAUCUAUCUGAUAUUACAGGAAAAGUUGCAUUUUUUUUCCUAUAAAAAUGAUAAAGUUUUUAUUGUAGUGUAAGAAAUAAACUAUUUAUUCAUA